CUGUCGGGAUAUUUUUUUUUUCGCUUUAGUCGAAAUCGCAGAAGGAAUAACUGACUUUCAUUUGCAAGAAAGCACAAGCUCGCUCGACGGUGUGAUCCUUACAUCAUCGUGUGAGAGAGCGCGCGAGAGAGAGAGAGAAAGAAAGAGAGAGGGGGAGAGUCAGAGCGCUUGCACCAGGCUCCUCUCUGUCAGUCCUCAGUGGCAAAGCGGGGCUGACUGAUCUCACUGGCGAUUUCGCCUCUCUGCUCGGUGGUCCCUCUCCCGUCGCCUGCUCGUCACACAGGUCGUGAAGAUGCACCGGCGGCAUCCUGCCCAGAGACCAACGUUAUUACCGCUGGUUCUGUGGAUUUUCUGCCACGUCAACAGUGUGCACGGAGCUCUGCCAACAACUCAGAAGUGUGAUGAGGCUCUAGCCUCUCCGCUGCCUCACACGGCCUUCACCAGCUCAUCUGUCUUCUCCAGUGGAUAUGCACCUGGAUAUGCCAAGCUCAACAGGAGAGGAGGUGCUGGAGGAUGGUCACCUUUGGACAGUGACCAUUACCAAUGGCUCCAAGUGGACCUUGGUUCACGAAAGCAGGUGAGCGCCAUUGCAACACAGGGACGCUACAGUAGCUCAGACUGGACAACGCAGUACCGUCUACUCUACAGUGAUACAGGGAGAAACUGGAAACCAUAUCACCAAGACGGCAACAUUUGGGCCUUUUCUGGAAACUCCAAUUCAGAAAGUGCAGUUCGUCAUGAACUACAGCAGGGAAUUGUGGCUCGCUUCCUAAGGCUCAUCCCAGUUGCCUGGAGUGAAGAGGGACGCAUUGGUCUCCGCAUUGAAGUGUAUGGAUGUUCCUACUGGGCGGACGUUAUCAACUUUGAUGGACAGGGAGUCAUUUCAUAUCGUUUCAAGGUGAAGAAGAUGAAGAUUAUAAAAGAUGUGAUCGCAUUGAGAUUUAAGACAUCAGAGAGCGAGGGUGUGAUUCUCCAUGGGGAAGGGCAGCAGGGCGACUACAUCACCCUGGAGCUCCGUAAGGCCAAGCUACUCUUGCAGAUAAACUUAGGCAGUAACCAGUAUGGCUCUAUCCUGGGUCAUACUUCUGUGACCACUGGAAGUCUCCUAGAUGACAAUCACUGGCACUCUGUGGUGAUUGAACGCUACCGUCGCAAUGUUAACUUCUCCUUAGAUGGACAUACUCGACACUUCAGGACUAAUGGAGAAUUUGAUCAUCUUGAUUUGGACUAUGAGUUAAGUUUUGGGGGGAUGCCAUACAGUGGGAAGCCUGUGGGAGGUGGAAGAAAAAACUUCAAAGGCUGCAUGGAGAGCAUCAACUACAACGGAGAUAACAUUACAGACCUGGCCCGUCGCAAGAAGCUAGACACUUCCAGCUUU